AUGACCAGAGAUCCUGGGCGAUCACCUCUACACACCGCAUUCAACCAAACAGAGAAGCUCGACGAUUUGGAAGACUCCUAUAUUCCAUCACCAGAAAACACACCAUACACGGAUUUCGAUACCCGAAUAUUUGGCUCAACGAUCAAGUCAUAUGGGAUCUGGAUAAUACACUUCUCGCUGCUUUUGACAUCUUUCACACUAUUCAUAUUCAGUACAUAUUCAAGAAGUUCAUCAACUUUGGACCAUGUCCGCCAGUUCUCAGCAUGGUCACCGGCAGAUGUGUCCGUCAAAUACAACGAUGUAAAGUACAACUUUACAAAAUCCGCUCAAAGGUUUGUGGGAUAUGGUCCGGAAGUUGACACAGCGUGGAGGGAGAUCUCUUACGAUGUCGGUGAUCAAUGGAUCCCUAAAUCUGGUUUGGCAAAACUGGGCAUGCCAGAAUAUUCUCUAAAAGUCGAUCAUCCUGUGACCGGUGAGGAAGGUUACCGUGUCGGCAUGGAAGUCUUUCACCAGCUACAUUGUCUCAAUCUGCUGAGAAAAGUCACCUACAAGGAGUACUAUGAGCCGUUGGGUGGAGAGUUUGCUGCCGGUCGGGAAGCUUUACAACAUCAUACGAAUCAUUGUUUGGAGGUCCUCCGAAUGAAUAUUCAAUGUACGGCUGACAUUGGACUUUUCACACUAUACAUGGUAGAGGGGGACCCUCAAGCAUGGCCGGAACUAAAUUCGCGACAUGUGUGCAGAGAUUUUGAUCAAGUUCGAGAGUGGGCACUUGAAAAUUCUGUUGGAAAUAUGGAGGUCCUGGUUUGA